GGUACUUAACAUUUCUUAAACCUUCAGAAAACACUGAGCUAGCCAUUGACGCUUUGUCAACGAAGCAGCAGCCUCCUACUACCAGUGGUAGCUAGCAAACCUUAGAUCCGCGAAUGUAGAAGAUUGGGACGGAUCAUCCGCAUGGGCUAUUUGUCUCUCAAAAACCCAGCGGCAAGAUAAGGAUCCAAGGAUGGUUUUAGUGCAUGUCGGAUAUCUGGUUCUUCCGGUAUUUGGUUCAGUAAGAAGUAGAGUAUCGAGGCUGGCUCUACAUUCUGCAUUUAUCAGAUCUUUGUCGUCCCCCCAUUGAUUGUGUAGCUAAUGAUCAUCUGCUGCUGUGUGGCGUGGCCUCUGCCUGUUCUCUGCAUUUAGCUGUAUUGUGAAUCCCUUCUUCAUUUCCUCUUUCCAUCAGAAGACAACAUUGGUAUUUUUAAAAACCCACAGGAAUGUAUAAUUCACCCAUAGAGUAUUUGAGAAACUAAAAAAAUAGCUAACACCUAUAGGCUGUAACUUGUCUUUGUCUGUCACGUUGCUGUAGAGUUAACCCAUUUUUAGCUCUUGUAGAUAAUCAAAUGAAUGUCAUUGUGUAUCUCCCAUUCAGUCUUGAUAGACAACAUGCUGUAAAUUCCUGUUAAGUGGAUACAUUUUGCAUGGGUUCGAUUUCUACACUGCUUUACAGAACACCAGAAUUUGGCUAAUUUCCAUAUUUUCUCCAUGGAAGAUGCAUUCCACAAAUGUGUAUGAAAUGGUUUUCUAAUGCUCCUAUCAGCAUUCUUCCAUGAAAUAGUGCAAAACCUUGACAUUUAUAUUUUUAUGGAAUUUGAUCAUACACCAUUGAGAUUUUCACCAAUGUGGUCAUGUAAGGUAUUUUAAAAAUGGCCUGCUCAUCACAAUGCAUUAAUUCUGGUACACUGCACCUCUUCCAAACAGUCUGUCAUAACCGUCUCCAUUUGUGUAACCCCUUUGUUCUUUAAAAAAAUGUAAUCUAUGAAACACACUGAAGUACCUGGCCUUCCGCUCACAGAAGCCAAAAAACAAAUUGUAAUGCUAUAAUUAGCAGAUACACUUUCACUGGUGGUUCAUCAUUCCCUAAUGAUCCUACCCACUAACAAAAAGCCAAAAUGCUAUCCAUUUCACAGGGAUGCCUAUUUCCUGCACUGCUACAGUAAAUCCUAGUGGAGUAAUAACAUUAUUUGGUUGUGGUCUCUACCCUUUGUUCUGGUACUUUCAAUGCAUGGUCACGUUAUGAUUCAUAUGAUUUUUUUUAUUUUUAAUUUUUAUACAUUGAAUAGUAAAUUCCAAUGUAAUCUUUAGUAAAGAUGUAUCCUGCUUUACUGUACUGUGCUGUAGCCAACCACGUCUGCUCAUUGGAUGCUGCUUUUGUUCUUUUUAACCCUACAUGGAGCAUGGUGGGCCUUGCCUUCAGUCGAUGUUGUUAAUUUUUGUUGCAUGGUAUUUAUAUUAUUAUUACAAAAACACAAAUUCCACAUAUAUACUAAUAUUUUUCAAUAAAGAAUAUAGUAUUUUUCCUAACCUUCAGUGUGCUUCUUGCUGAUUUCCAUUUAUUGUCUUUACCCCUUCCCCUGGUCCCCACCUGCCCCUCCACCCCACCCACCUCCUCUCCCGCUGUGACAAAGAUAGACGAUUUCCUGGCCUUUUCUCAUCACAAGGCCUGAAUGAGUCUAUGCCCUGUCAUUCAUGGUGAUUGUACCACAGAGACAAUUGAAAGUGCAGUGUCACUGUUGAUCCUAAGCAUUGGAUCAAAAUGUACUCUAGUAUGGCUCUUUAUUCGUGACUGGUCAAAACCUAGCACCACAAAUGCUCCUGAAAGUUGUCAAGGUUACAGAACCUUUACUAUUUUCCAAGAUGUUUUAACACUGCACCUUCAAGUCUACUCUAACUCAAUGAUCCAAAUGGAAUGUAGACAUUGCCUAUUUAUCAAUUGUAAGGGUUUCAUCCGUUUUCAUCAAAAUUUGUCAUUCACUUUUCCGCCAAUGUUUUUCUUGUAAGAAAAUAGCCUAACUACAGUAGGUGACAUUGACAAAGGCCUAUCCAUAUGUCUCUCGCACAAUAUUCUGCAUAAAGCUCAGUGGAUAGUGUUGGUUUGAAGUUCUUUUUCUUCUCUUGCUGCUUGAGUUUACACUACUUUUCCACACCAUAGAAAACCACAGACUGUGAACUAUUCUUUCAAAUGUAAUAUGUUGUCAUUUUGCCAUUAAGUUUACAAUGUAGCAUAUGCCUUCAUGUAAGAAGACUGCCAUUCUUAUUCACAUUGUUAUUUCCUUUUAAAUAUUCAGUCCACGAGUUCGGUAGUAUUAACAUCUAGCCAGUAUAUGAGUGAUUGGGCUUGAAUCUCCUUCUAUAGACUCAACAGCAACCUGUUUAGCUGCCAAAAAGCUGUGGUUAGGAAGAAGGAAAAAAAGUACAGAGCUGGCAUGCAAUGUAUUCAAGCUAUUUCCCCUGAACCAAGAAAUCUACAUGUGGGAAAGCUUUGGUUUGCACUGUUUGUCUGAGUGAGAGAAUGAGAGAGAUUCAGGCAUAUGGGGUAUGCCAGUCAAUACACAUUUCUGGUUUGCGAUGGACAAAUGCGUAGUAGGUUUUAAACAUUUGCCUAUACAUUUUUGCUUAGCUGUUGACUAGAAAUUGAUAAACAGCCAUAUCCCUGGUAUUGGUAUUUAACAAAAUCUGCUCUUACUCACUUCAGCAGGUAAAACAAAUCUAAAAGAAAGGACUUAACAAAAUGUCAUCACUGAUAAAUUCUUUGAUUAUAAUGAAUACAUUAUUUUAGUCAUUAGAAGUCAAACAUCUUUAGAACAGAUAUUUAUUGUCUUCUUACCUUCUGUGGAUCAAUGAGAAUUUCAAGGUUUAGAAUUAGUAAAAUAAUUCUUGCAGCAAUUGUGGACUUCUGCAAAAGAUAGUAAAGGUCAUUCAGACACAGUACAGAUUGUGAAACUAGCCUACUUGGUUAAGAGCUUUGAAUACACAAUGUAAAUGCGCGGUCCAAGGCGCGCCCAUUGCCGAAGAGUCAGAUGCCCAGAGGUGAGAAUUCAACCAGAGGGCUAUUGUGACACGGUGUCAUAAAAGACCAUUCAGGUUUGGGAAAAUUACAAUUUUCCGUGCUGGACUGAGUGUCACUUCAACAUACCUCCUUAUCCCCCGACGUAAGUUUCACCAUAGGUAAGAGUUAGGGCUUUUGUAAAGAUCAUCCUAAAGCAACACCUUUACACUCCAUGUCUCGUACACAAUCAAUUCUAACGCAGCCUUUCCCUCUCGGGUGUCUGACACGCUGUCAUUGUUUCCGCAGGGUCCCACUUUAACCGGCAGCCACAGCCACAGCAGCAUCAUAGCCAUGCUACCUCUUGCCGGCACUUCCAGCUAGGCCCGCAGGCCCCGCUGCCCAUUGACUUCCCCAUGCCUCACCCAGGUCAGCCCCAGUCUGGCAUGAGCCCCCACCUGUCUCCCCCCGGCCACCAGCAUCCUCCCCAGCUCCACCCGCCCCUGAACACCCUCCCCCAUGCGCCCCAGUUCCAGGAGCUCUCGGCACCCCCUUUCCUACCUCAGGCCUUACACCAGCAAUACCUCCUCCAGCAGCAGAUACUAGAGGCCCAACACCGCCGCAUCAUACCACCUUCCAGUUGUUUUCUUAUCAGCAGACGCACCCCAGAGAGGAUGCCCCACCAGCCCCACAGACUGAGGCCGGGAUACGACUUCGCUCCUGCCCUCCACGUCAACCCCCAGCCAGUGGCCCAGCAGCCUCGCUACCUGGCCGAAGGCACCGACUGGGACCUGAGUGUGGACGCGGGGAUGCCCCCCCACCAGUACCACAUCCGCCCACUGCCCCAGCACUAUCAACACUACCUGACCUCUCCCAGGAUGCAUCACUUCCCCAGGAACAAUGCCUCUGCCCAAGUGGUUGUCCAUGAGAUUAGGAACUACCCGUAUCCUCAGUUACACCUGCUGGCCCUACAGGGCCUGAACCCCUCCCGCCAUGCAUCUGCUGUCAGGGAGAGCUACGAGGAGCUACUACAACUGGAGGACAGGUUGGGCAAUGUAAACCGAGGGGCUGUCCAGACCACUAUUGAAAGAUUCACCUUCCCUCACAAAUACAAAAAGCGGAUACCCCAGGACCUGAAGCUAGGACUGGAGGAUGAAGAAUUGGAUACAGAUGAGAAGUGUACCAUCUGCCUAUCAAUGCUGGAGGACGGAGAGGAUGUCAGGCGAUUACCCUGCAUGCAUCUCUUCCAUCAGGCCUGUGUGGAUCAAUGGCUGGCCACCAGUAGGAAAUGCCCCAUAUGCAGGGUGGACAUUGAGACCCAGCUGACCCCAGACAGCUGAUGCCUCUUCUCCCUGCCCCCGUCCUGAAAUACCCCACUGCAUCCCUAGGGGGAGCUCUGCCAAACGUCCCCCUUCCCAUUCGCAUCACUUAUGAGCCUGCCUUCUGAGCCAGCCGAAGAAGACAAUGAACGGGAAGGGACGAGGGAGGGAUCAACAAAGCACACAGCUCAAACAAUGGCGAAACGAAAGAGAUGGAUGAAUGGAUGGAUAGGCAAAUGGAUGGAUAGAUGAAUGUGUCGAUGGAUAGAAGAUUGGAUGGAUAACAAAUGGAUGGUGGAAUGUUUGGACAGAUAUGCCGGGGCUUGAUGAGUCUCAAUUGGGUUGUGCACAGUAGCAUUAGCUUCUCCAUACGCCCCCUCAAAGGAGAGAUUCUCCAUCACACCCUCCAGCAUGUGUGUGUUUAGUAUGGUUUUGUACAUAGACCUAUUCUCUACCGCUGACGUGUACGGGGCCUCCCUCCCUGUGGUGAAACCCAAACUCUGAGCUCUGUAAAGCGUAUAUCUGUGCAAAACAUGACGAGAUAUGAAAUCAGCAAGCAGAUGUUUCUUGGAUUGAGCUUCUGUGGCCUAACGCUUAUGGAGUGUAGUAGUCUUGCAAUUGAUAGGCAUUAUUUACAAGAGAGUGACAGUGUUGUACAAGCAAGAGAAAAAAAAAAUGAAAAAAUCCCGCUGAGAAAUAAGAUGUGUGUGGGGGGGGGGGGGGGGG